UUCUCCAAAUUUGCAUCCUCCAUUUUUAGCAUCUUUAUGAUUUUUAUUCUAUAUCAUACAAAAGAAAAAUUUCUUAGCUUUUCUGUUUUUGAUUUGAUUUGAUUUGAUUCGAUUGCUACAAUAAUAUCUAUAUAUACAUAUAUGUAUGUGCAUGUCUUAUAAUUCUUUUUAAUUGAGUCUUAUAAAUAUUUUGUAGAUCAUAAAAAGAGUGUUAUAUUAUUAGUUGUGAUAUGGUUUGUUAUGGACAAGCUAAGUCAAUAUGAACGUGUAUUCAAACGGUUUGAUGAAAAUGGAGAUGGCAAGAUAUCGCCGGAUGAGCUACGGCAAUGCGUUGAGGCUAUCGGUGAUGAGAAGUUAUCGGCGAAGGAUGUAGAGGCGGCGGUAACAACUUUGGAUUCGGACGGAGAUGGAUUGUUGGGGUUUGAUGAUUUUGUGAAGUUUGUGGAAGGAGUAAAAGAGGAAGAUAAAGUGAAUGACUUGAAAGAGGCUUUUAAGUUGUAUGAUAUGGAUGGAAGUGGUUGCAUCACACCAAGGAGUCUUAAGAGAAUGCUUAGUAAGUUAGGUGAUUCAAGAAGUAUAGAUGAUUGUCAACUUAUGAUCUCUAAGUUUGAUCUUGAUGGGGAUGGGAAAAUCAGUUUUGAUGAAUUUAAGGUAAUGAUGUUGUAAUGUAUUGUAUUGAGUUUGUUCAUAUUCUUUGAAUUAUUGAUUUUUUUGUUUAAUUGUGGUUUUUGUUCCA